AUGAGCGGAGGAGUUAUCACCCGCCGGGGAGAAAAAGAAAAUCAGCAAUUAAAUAAUGAACUUCUGUUAAAAUACUUCCGAGAAAAUGAUAUUAAAGAAAUUUCCUUGACCCCCGAAGGUAACUUACUAAUUAAAUAUAAUAGCGACCAGACAAAAAUUAUAACUAGCGACCAGACUAAUCAAGAACUACAAAAAGUUAUCAUUUAUUGUCAGGAAAAUAAUCAAACUAAUUUAAGUCAACAAGAUUUAAUUAAUAAAACUAAUUCACCAACCACAAAAUCCGAAAAUAGCAAUAAUUUAUUAGCAAUUAUAGGUAUUGGCGGAGCCUUAAUAAUUGGAGUAGUGAUUGGAUUAUGGAAAAGUACAACAAUUUCUACUCCGACUGAGGAGAAAAAAAUAAUUCAGAAACGCCUAUCGAAAAAUGGUUCAAUGCGGUUUAAUUUUAUCCUUAGUUUUUCAGAUAAUUUAGGAUUAGCAGUGGAAGUGGUGGCAAUAAGGAGAAAUUUAGAUAAAUCAAUUGUACUUUCCACCUCACCCCCACCUAGUUUUUUUUGA